AUGGCUCAACCAAGAUCAAGACUUCCUCUCUACGCCGGAUUGACGGUCGCCGGUGUCACCGGUUACUACCUGUACACGGCAGGCGGUUCCCCUAAGGUUGCAGAGAAGCAAUUCGAGAGUGAUAUCCACAAGGCAUCUGCUAAGACCAAGGCUCAACUACCAGGCACUGCCAGCCAGGUCAAGAAAGACGGAGAGAAAUGGGCAAGUGAGGCCGGCCAGAAGGUCGAUUCUAUGGUCGACCAAGCUAAGGCAGAGGCUGCAAAGGCCGAGGGAAAGUUUGAGCAGUACCGCAAAGAUGCAAGCAAGGAAACUAUGAGGGCGAUUGAUAACGCAGAUCGCAAGGUGGAAGAGAGCGCUGCGAAAGCUAAGAGCGGUAUCUCAUCCUGGUUCGGUGGGAAGUAA